GCUUCUUCUUCGCCGUCGCUGUAAACAAUUUUAAAUUUGCAUUUAGUCGCCAAUGAUCCACUAAAUUGCUCGACAAAAGAAGUGCUAAAUUGGGUAAUUGCGGCGUGUACGGGGACAAGCGGAUAAACAAGCAAAGAAAGAAAGCAAACAGAGGGCGGCAAACAAAAUUUUUUUUCCUAUUUGGAAGAUUGCCAAAAAACGGCGAGAAAAGUAAAAAGUGAACAUUUGAACCGCAUUACAAGGCAGAAAAAGCGAAAAGAACAGCUGGCGAAUCAGGUGCGUAGUCGAAUCGGAAUCAUUUGCUGCUAACUCGGCCCUAAGUAAACACCUUAUGUGAGAAUCCGGCCAAGAGCACAAACAGCAACAACAAGCCGCCAUAAACCGGCAACAGCUGAGAGCCCCUGCUUACGUAAGCCACUCGCAAUUACAAACCGUUAGGAAAGUCGAUCCACUGCCAAAAUGUCGCAGGUCUCAACCCUCAUCGAUGUGGACAAGCCCCUCUUCGACCUCAGCACCUUUGCUGGGCGCUUCCAGUACUUCGCCUGGAUGACGGAUCCCCGCACCGUGAUCCUCUCCAGCGAUCGUCUGCUCGAGGCCAAAACCAUGGUUGAGCGCUACCGGAAAGGGGAUCAAUCGCCGCAGGUGAAGCCGGAGGAAGUGCACUACAACAUGAAGCUGUACAGCUCCGCCUUUCAUCCCGACUCUGGGGAACUGCAGAACUUUUGCGGCCGCAUGAGUUUUCAGGUGCCCGGUGGCAUGUUGAUCACCGGUGGCAUGUUGGCCUUCUACCGCACCGUGCCCGCCGUGGUUCUUUGGCAGUUCAUCAACCAGUCCUUCAAUGCGGUGGUCAACUACACGAACCGCAAUGCCAAUUCGCCCACCAGCGUUACGCAGCUGGGCGUGGCAUAUGUUUCGGCCACGACAUCGGCCCUAAUAGCCGCCAUUGGAUGCAAGAACUAUUGGUCGAGGAAGGCGAGUCCGCUGUUCCAGAGAUUCGUGCCCUUUGCUGCUGUGGCGGCCGCCAAUUUUGUCAACAUUCCGCUGAUGCGACAGAACGAGAUACUGAGUGGCAUCGAGGUGAAGAACGAGGAGGGGGAGAUUGUGGGCCAGAGUAGACUGGCAGCCAUCAAGGGCAUAGGCGAGGUGGUGGUCUCCAGGAUUGCGAUGGCGGCGCCUGGAAUGCUGGUGUUGCCUCUGAUCAUGGAGAGGCUGGAGAAGCUGCCUGCCUACCGGCGCAUCAAGUGGAUAAACGCGCCAUUCCAGACCCUGAUGGUUGGCUGUUUCCUCUGCUUCAUGGUUCCCACUGCCUGUGCUUUGUUCCCGCAACAAUGUUCCCUGGACACUUCGACUAUGCGGACCUUUGAGCCGGAGCUGUUCGAGGAAAUCGAGAAGAAAACCCGAGGCAAUGUGCCCGAACGUGUCUACUUCAACAAGGGUCUGUAGAUCAGCUCGAUAUCAUUCAAGGAUUUGGAGCAAGACAAUAAUGUGUUAGUGGUUUCCGUUCUCGUCAUGUUUUAUGUAGCAUUUAUUGUAUCAGAUCGCGCAAUACUUUGCAGUUGUUCCUUGUCUAGUGUCAAUUGUCGUAGCCUCUAAGCUAAAAAGAAUCUCAGCUCUAUAAAAAUAAUAUUCAAGCGUGCUCCGGUUUUCACAUUUUGAAGUGUAUUUCAAUUGGACUUUAUCAUAAUUUAUUUUCUCCUUGUUCCCUGUUUUUUGAAAGAAAAUUUUUGAAUAUUUUUAAAAACUUGUGUUUAAGUCUCAAAACAUAAUUUAAUCCCCUUGAAUUCAAAACCGAAACACGCAAGUACUUAAUGGGUAUUAAUGUUCAUGUAAAACCUAAGCAAUUUGGUAUUUCGAAAUAUUAUCAAUAAAGGUAUUAAAACUGCGAUAAUUGAUAAUCUA